AUGUCCUCCUUAACUCUGUCUACCUCCACAGGCACUUUAAUCAGUCACUGUGAUGUGAAGAACACCACCACCUACCUAGAGGUGAAUAACUGCAGGUCCUCUGUGCCGGUGGAAAUCUCAGCCUGUGGGGGAUCCUGUGGAACAUCUUCUAUGUACUCUGCAGAGAAAAACACCCUGAUGCACUCCUGCUCCUGCUGUCAAGAGAUGUCUACCAGUGAGAGGAAGGUGGAGAUGGUCUGCCCUGAUGGGAAGAAGAUCAUGCAGUCCUACAUUUACAUUGAUAAGUGUGGCUGCCAUGACUCUGAGUGUGACAAGAACAACCACUUAGAUUAGGCCUUGACGAAUUAAGUCUUUUAAAAUGUUCUUAUUUACCUGCAUGGAAUAUUCAAUAGUUUUAUCUAAAGGGAACCAAUAGGGUCUGUCUCAUUAUCAUAUAGGCUACUUUCAUGAACUGUAUGUUCUUUCUCUCUACACUAUCAUAGACAUUAUGCAAACCUAUUAAACUGAUGAAGAAGCAUGAA